AAAAGCCACAUGUGGUGUGCGCAUGCGCUUGUCAUGUGUACUUGCUGGAGUCGAGUUGACUUUAGGUUUAAUGUGGAACAGCAAGUUCGUUGGUGAGUGGCGAUCAUUAUGAAGUGUGUUCAAGGAGGCUGUCAGAGAACACUAGGUGAAGCUCCAGCAUGGACUCAAAACAUGAGCGUCUUUAUGGAGACCGGGAGGCAAGAGCAGACCGCGCAAUGCUGUGGUCCAUCCAGGACGCGUUCGAGAAACAGACGGUGCAGAUCGGCGCCUCCGCCUGCGGGGCCACAGCUGUUGUGGACGUGCUGAAGGCGCUGGGGCUGGAUGUGGCCCCAGAAGAGGCCGAUCGCUGUGUCCAAACCCGCUUGAGAAGAAACGACUCCCCACUGGAUGACUACCUGCUGUCCCGCAGUGAGGCAGGUGCCUCUCACACUCAGCUCAUCGCAGGAGCGAGCAAAGCCAGUAAAGGGCAGGUGAUCGGCCGCUUCUUCCACCUGUAUCCUCAGCGGAGGGUCAGGCUGGUCUCCUGGCUGGCGAGCUGGAUACGGAAAGGUGCUGUACCUGUGGCGACCAUGAACAUGCAACUGGCUGUCCCGGAGGAUAAGGAGGUUCCCGACGCGUGGCAUCAUCAGCUCAUAUUUGGAGUGACCCCUAAUGCUGUUUUCAUGACCAACCCUUUAGAUGUUGUACCUGUGAAGGAUGUUUGCGAGCGGCUGAGCAGUGAGUCAGUGCUGCUUGUUCGAAGUGAAGAUGUGCUGCAACGCCUCAAGCCAGAGCACGGUCCCUUUAGCCUGACUGAGAAUCUGGACGACCCGCGCUGGAAAGACCUCGAUGUGGAAGGGCAGGUGAGGCGGGUGGUCCUGGAACACAAGGAGCACGGAGAGACCACGCUGACCCACAUAAAGAUCCCUGCAGCAUAUAGUUCAGGCGUCACCCUCUUUGCUCUGAAGGAGACAAUAUUCAGGGAGGAACUCCUUGCUAGUGCAGAACUUCCUCUAAUGUCACAGUCAUGAGUGGAGACAAAACUGGAUCCUCUUUAGUCAAAUGAACUGCAAACAGA